AUGGAAGGACGCAGAUUUAGUAAGGCGCUAUUAAGCAUAAUCAAAUGUAGUACUUACCCCUCUGCGACAAGACGGUUUCAGAGGUUUAAUAUUUUUUGUCUUUUUGCAACCCCUGUCACGGCCGACAACAACGGGGUACUUGUCUAUUUUGACCAUGUCGAGGCUCCGGGAAAAGAAAUACCCUCGCACCAAGUUACAAUUAACAAAUACGUCGAUCCUUCGACUUUGGCUAGUCAAGUAGAAAGUGCUUUAUCGAAUGGCAAUCCAGCGGCCGCAGAAUCCCUUGUGCUAGCAGCAUUGGGUUGCCUUCGUCAUGGCGUGUCUGGCGGUUCUUUGGGAGGCUCUUUGGCCUUGGUUACUGGGACAGCUUCUUCACUUAGUUCGACUGGUUUGAGACUUUCUCCGGCGAUCUCUUUUGGUCUGCUCUCUCUGGCCCGCUCUCAUCCAUCCUUGUUCUCGCGACCUGCUGUUUUGGAUUACCUUCUUAAUCUCCUUUCUUUGACUACGCGUGAUUUUGGUGGAGGCCUGGUUGGCCAACCUCUGCAAGCCGCAUUUGCAACUCUGGCUGUCCGAGCCCGAGGCCUUCUAGUAUUUGUGGCAAAUAUUUUGCUUUUGGCUUUGCAGGAUCAAACCAAGUGGCCCACAAGACUAAUAAAGAUAUAUUUGGAUGACAGUCUCUCUGAUCGCAUCUGGGUAGACCGUGAAGAGUGCCGAGCCUUUGUUUUGAAUCUCGAAACUGCAUUUCCUGAGGUCAGAGGGGAUCCGCGUGGGCUUUUCACCCUCUUGUGCUCUUCUGGUUCCAAUGCGAGUUUGCUUGUUCCUACUGGUACAAAUUCAUCUGUCGGAAUGAUUUCAUCAUCUUCAACAUCAGUUGGUUCUUGUGCUACUGCUUUUGGAGGACAAAACCUUUCUAGCAUCAAUCCCGCACAUGUUGUUUUAGGCUUAGUUCCUACUUCUGUAAGAAAUCAAUCAAAUGAACCUAUUGAUGGCUUGAAAACUGCUGCUCAGGACAUUGAGGAAGCAGUAUUACAUAUGCUAGGCACUCAAGGAGCUCAUACAUCCAAGAUCGUUCACUCUGGUGAUCCAAAGCGCCUUGUCCAGCCUCGCUUCGAAACUUGUAGACAGGCGGUUAAUGUCAUUAUUGUAAACACACUUCGUGAUGCUCUGGGUCGUCGGGGCCUCGUUGGAGGGGCAGCUAGUGGUAGCAGUAGUAGCGGUGGCUGCACGGGGGCCUCAGUACAAAGUACCGCCGGGUCCAUCCCCGGAAGUAACUCAACCAUGCAUUCAGGUCCAUCCGCAAGCUCAAUUUGCAGUGGAAGUGGUCAAAUGAGUUCUACAGUAUCUACCACAACACUAGGAUCAUGUUCAAUAUCUGCUAGCUCCUCGAUCGCUGGCGGAACUGCUGCUAGUGUUACUAGUGUUGGCUCUGGUGCUGUAAGUGGUGGCGGCGGGAAAGACACUUCCUCUGGUGGAUCAGGCGAAAUAGUCCACUUAAGAGGGUUAAUUAGAACUCUGGCUUUAGCGGCCGGUAUCCCUGAGAUCCGUGGACUAAUUGCUACCAGACUUGAACCUUGGCUAACGGCGAGUAGCUUUAUUUUUAUAUUUUACUUGGUAUAUUUAAAUUUAUGUUGGUUGUUCUUUAAUACUUCAUUCCUUUAG